UGCCAUUCUCACCGGGAACGUGCAGUGACGAACAGAACGUACGCGUUCACGUUUCCGCGCGCGUAGCAAAGCAAGAUCAGAACAGGACGAAAGAUCCAGCGAGAGCCAGGCUGGGGCUUCCUGACCCGAGAGCGUUUUUCAAGGCGAAGUUGUCUCCGAGAGCGUUCCGAGAGGAGGGUUUUUUCUCUCUCUUUUAUUUGCGCAACUGCACCGCAUUUUGCACGAGCGGGCGGCGUAAGUUUGGCUCGACUCCGGGGCUAUCUGGGCUGAGAGCUUUUUGUUACGGGUAGGCACGGUAGGUCGUGCCGCACGGGGAGGAGAGAGGGACCGAGGGGGCAGAAGUUUCCGCUGGCUUGUUCUAUCUCUGCGGGACUGGUGGCGAAUCCGCAGGAAUGUCGCAGAAGGAGAGACCCACUUUCUACCGAGAGGAGCUCAACAAAACCGUGUGGGAGGUCCCGACGCGGUACCAGAACUUAUCCCCCGUCGGCUCCGGUGCUUACGGCUCCGUGUGUUCAGCGUUUGACCUGAAGUCGGCACUGAAGGUUGCGGUGAAGAAGUUGUCCAGACCCUUUCAGUCCAUCAUCCAUGCAAAGAGAACAUACAGAGAGCUGCGGCUGCUGAAACACAUGAAGCACGAGAACGUCAUCGGGCUCUUAGAUGUUUUCACACCGGCUACAAGCUUAGAGGAGUUCAAUGAUGUAUAUUUGGUGACGCACCUAAUGGGAGCAGAUCUGAAUAAUAUUGUGAAGUGUCAGAAGUUGACUGAUGACCACGUCCAGUUUCUCAUCUACCAGAUCCUCAGAGGCUUAAAGUAUAUCCACUCUGCAGGGAUCGUCCACAGAGACUUGAAGCCCAGUAAUCUGGCUGUGAAUGAGGACUGUGAGCUCAAGAUCCUUGACUUUGGUUUGGCGAGGCACACAGAUGAUGAAAUGACAGGAUACGUUGCCACCCGGUGGUACCGAGCCCCAGAGAUCAUGCUCAACUGGAUGCACUACAACAUGACGGUGGAUAUCUGGUCGGUGGGCUGCAUCAUGGCUGAACUGCUGACAGGACGAACGCUCUUCCCUGGCACAGAUCAAGCUUUAGAUAUAAACCAGCUGCAGCAGAUAAUGCGCCUGACGGGGACACCCCCGGCCUCCCUCAUAAGCAGGAUGCCCAGCCAUGAGGCAAGGAACUACAUCAACUCGCUUCCCCACAUGCCCAAGAGGAACUUUGCUGAUGUGUUUAUUGGUGCCAACCCUCUUGCGGUGGACUUGCUGGAGAAAAUGCUGGUCCUGGACACGGACAAACGGAUCACGGCGUCUGAGGCCCUGGCCCACCCGUACUUUGCUCAAUACCAUGAUCCAGAUGAUGAGCCUGAAGCAGAGCCUUAUGACCAGAGCUUCGAAAGCAGAGAGCUGGAAAUUGAUGAGUGGAAGAACUUAACCUAUGAUGAAGUUGUCAGCUUUGUACCACCGUCGUUAGAUGAUGGAGAUGAGAUGGAAUCCUGAGGACGAGGAGGGCUUUCUUCUUCCUUUUUUCCUUUCUUUUUUUAAAAUGCUCUGUAAAAACUGUCAGUUCCAGGUGACUAUCUAUUAUUUUGUCCAUGCACGCACACAACCAUGACAUUAAGUGCCUGCCAUCAUUCAUAUCUGGGGAUGUAGCAAAAUUAGGUGUAAAAAAAAACCAAUGUAGACAUCCUGUUCACCCACACCCCACCCCCCCAUCAACCCUGCUGUUUUUCUUUACUUGCAUCUCAGUUUCCCGAGGCAGACUUUGGACCUAAUGUUUAUUCCUCACAGAUAUUUAAGUUUCAUCUUUAACCCUGCUUCAAUUUACCAAUCUAAAAGUAUGCAACAUUUUAUUACAGAGAACUGAGGGAAUCAAACUAGUGACACAGGUUUUUUAAGUUGUUCUUGGCAGUAACUGCCAGAGUGGGGAAACAUUGAAUCAAGAUUGUUAAAAGAAAUAAAGUUCAGCCUUUAACACAUUGAGUUAAAUGCUUUUUCUGCAAGUAUAUCAAACUGAGUCAAUAUUACAGCAAACGGUAUUUGUAGAUAAGUAUUUUUGGCCAGACGGUUACCAUUUUGCAUAGGAGUCAUGAUUUACUGAGGCACAACUGAGCUCAAUUCUUCUAUAUCGAUUUGAUUUCUAGAGUUGAUCCUGAAACGGCAUUAGAUGAUAUUCUAUGUAAUUUAUUACAUGUGUGUAUAGGGUAGAAUAAAAAAACAUGUCAAAUAUUCACUCCAAGAAAUUAAAUUUUAGACUUCAUAUUUCUUAUUGUUGGAUUUGUAGAUUUGCUGUCGCAAUUUUUAUUUUCAUUUUUUAAGAGACAUAUGGGUUUAGGGAGCAUUGCUUAUCCAUUUCACCAAAUGCUUCAAGUUCCACUUUUCUGUCUCAUGAUGAGUUCACAGCAUCUGGUUCCGAUGAUCCAGAGCAUGAUGAAGCCUCGUUUGGCUGCAUAGUUUAUUCACACUUGAUGUUUUUCGUGUGAGCAUCAAUUGACCGUGUAAUUUAAUCACUUUGCAUUUCGAAACCACAUUACUAUUGGUGUUUGUUGAAUGUUUUGGGCCCCAGUUUGCCCUGUAUUUAUGAUCUUUUCUUAUAUCGUUUGUAUAUCAAUGUGAAAGAGGAUAUUAUUUGUCAGAAUUUAUGGUUUUUAUUAUUUAUAGAGAGCUUAUUGUACCAGAAUCCAAACGCUUCAUGUGUCCCCACAGUGGCUGCAGUUACAUCUAAAUCCAUAAUGUUAUCAACAGAUCUGUAUCGCUGAUAUUGAAUUUGAGAAACAUGCUAUGCAGUUUGUUUUAAGGGCAGCUGAGCAUGUAUGAAUCUUAUCUUCCUUUACCUACUGCCCUCCAAAUGAUCCUGUUCAUCAGGCAUCAAGAACGAAUAUGUUCUGAAGUAAAAACAAAAAGUAGAUCCUUAUGAAAUCACUGUUUUACAACAAUCAACAAACCACUAAAGUUUAAAACUUAAGCAUACAAAUAUUUCCAUUCUCCAGUGAAAUGACAUUUCCACGCCACACACAAACUGUUCCCUGUUGCUCUGGUUGUAUCAUCCGUGUCACAUCAGAUUUUUCAAAACUUGUUUAAUGUAUUUCUUUUCUCUAACAUAAUAUUUUACUGUGUGUUUAAUUGUUGAAUCAAUAUCUGAUGUUUUCUGUGAUUCUGUAAUAUUGAUCAGUUUAUGAGCCGUGCACCUAGUUGUCCAGCUGAAUGCCACAGCGGGACACACGCGUGUGUACGUUUACCCACUAGAUGCUGAAGGGCAGUGCAGACGCCUCAACAUGCCACACUCUCAACCAACCGUAUCAAUCGGAUUUUCAUCUCAUCCGUUUACCAUCCUCAGUAGCUUAUUUGGUUAUGCUUGCUUUGCCUUGUUUUGUUUUAGUUUUUUUUUGUUUUUACAUUUUCGACCACGUGUACUGAGACAGCAGGCCAUGCCAUCUGUAAAUACCACCAUGAGUAAAUAAAGGCUACUAUUUUUCAAAGCUGGAAA